AAUGGGAACCUGAAGCACCUGAAACCAAACCUGAAGCGCCGGUUGGUCUCGAUGCAAACGUUUCUGUAGUUUCCCCUGUUGUAGGGAAGUGCACGGGACCAAAAAAUAUCGGCGAUCACCAAUGGAUGCAGCAUUACGAGGAACAGGACAGAAGUGAUGAACCCGCUGGACUAGAAGCUUCACCCUUGGCACGAGCACGCACAAGAUCAUCUGGUAGCACACGCGUUGCGGAACGAUUUCAAGAAAACGUGGAAGUGCCAGGACCUUUGGCUGGAGAAGCAAGAGUUGCAGGACGCCGAAUGACAUACUUGACGCGCGAUGACUUGACGACAAUCCAUGGCCUUAAAGCCCACAGUAGUCCUGACAGCACUCAGCACCUGGCAGCGAUGACCACAAGCGCCCAUAAUAUAUCAGAAGACGUCACGGAUCCAGAAGAAACAAGAGAAAUUGCACGUAACGUGAUUGGGUGUUUCCAGCAACAUCUAUUGUGGCACGCACAGACGCGUCUAUGAAGGCAGUUACAGGAAACUACGAGAUGAUCAGCUCUCUACCAGUUGCAAAUGAAAGGCGGGUGUCACAAGCCAUGGAAGGCUACGUGGGAGAUUCAGAAAAACAACAGGACAUUCGUAUAAUCAAGGUACCACACACGGAAAGGAUGACCAAGGUUGUCUGCAAGCCCUUGAGCAGCGUGCGGAAGAGCAGUGAUACAGAUACCGUACCCCGCGCAACAACGGGUGAACGCUUUGCAGGAAGCCAUACCGGUAUAUUGGAAAGUGUACUGAGCGCGCAAGUAAACCAAAGUCAGUUGUCACUGUUAGCUGAAGUGGACGAGAAACUUCAAGCUUGUGGGGCUGUGGAGCAGUGUACCGUUAACGCGGGAAAUGCAUCUGCAAGCAGUGAAGCUGUGGUAUGCGAGUGCAUAACACAAGCCGCUCCACCUGGGAUGGGAAUGUCUUCACAUAGCGCGUCUACUCAACCCCGUGUACAUCAGGGCUGUGCAUUAGAUGGCUCGAUGUCUGUUUGGCAGCUGCGGUCCGAAAUACAUACAGCUGCGUGUGGGGCAGAGGAAAUUUUUGCUGUGGCGCCAGGUCCACUUGUCCCUUGGGAAAUUCCAGUUUCUUCAAUAGCUGAGACGUUUCACGCCUCCGACAGCAUGCUUAAGAGUUGUAACACCAAUGUCAGCUCUGACACAACACAGCAAAUCGCUUCACGCGUGACGCAUGAACUCACAUCUGCAAGUUAUCUUUCAUGCACACAGCAUGCUCAUGAAAUUGUUGAAUCACCUGUGGCAACCGAUGCAGAAGAACAUUCCCGAUCGAAAAUUCAAUUGAAACCAUGCUCGAAAGCUACGAAGCAACCGAGACUAUUUGAAAGAGUUCCUGAUAAACUAUCUGCAAGACGUAGCGCCUGUCGUGAGACUGUUUCUCUCAAGCUACACGCGGUUGCACUGGCCCCUUUCGAAGGGGCCUACGACAGCCUUUCGACCUCGGGGACUUCGACUUUGAAACUGCAACAACAAUGCAUGGAAGAAAAAGAAUUUGGAGCACUGAAAGUCGUUCACGUGCCGACAACGUCACAGUCAGAGGUCAUUGCACACAUGGAGGCUCUCCAUUCAUAAGGACACCUAUUGAAGGGCAUCAUAAGGAAGAUACGUUUGCAACUAAAUUAUCUCGCAGCAGUGAUACUUCCAAAAAGUCAUCUGGUCCUCACUCUGCAGGAGUCCUGAGGGCCCCUAAAAAUUUCAUUGAUUUACAAGGUGAGACCACAUCGACCGGGUGCAGCGCAACCCGGGAAACUACUUCGAAGAGCACUGAAAGGUCGGUAGUCAAACAACCCAAACCGUCACCGUAUGCAGUUACUUCAGGCGCAACGACUGUUUCACACAACCAAGGCUCUUUGAAGCUAGAAGCGGGAGCCAUUGUGCCGUGGGAAGACCUCCAACGUAGGAUGGCGCCUCUUGCCUCAUUACAACCUGCUGAAAAAGGGCUCCUAUAUACGAAUAAUCUGCUAAGUCGGGUUGCAGAGACGGCAUCAUUGUUGACAUCAGGAAAGAACCGCGCCUCCCAGGAAGCCCAGGGGGUACGGAAGAGUCCUACGAGAUCAUCGAAAGUCCGCGACAUAAUUCGUCAAAUGAAUCGGCAGCUUCACUCCAGUGUCGUCACACCUCAAGAGUUCAAAUGUCCUGCGUAUGCACCACCUGCAGCAUGGCCACCGACUCAAACAGAUGUUGGUGAGAUUAUUCGAGACGAAAUUGAACAUCCGCAAAGUAUUCAUUACACUUCACCGAACUCGGCAGCUGAAGAAAGGUUCGCCCACGACGUUACUGUUAUGCCUACCAUCACUCGAGGGUCAAUUCGGAACAAAUUGCAUCCGGGAACGUUCCUGUCCGCGGCAGACAACAGUCGCGGAACGGCAGCUAAACCUCGUAAGCGCGGUAAGUCAAUGUUGGACCUGUUCAAGCAUGAUCGUCCUUCGCUGGCCUGGCCUGAUAAUGAAAGAGACAACGAUGGAACGCCCACUCGUCAUUCCAUGAUAAACGACAUCGGGGGAAUUGAGAAUUAUUCAUCAUUUUCUAUGCAGCGUACAUCGACGGAUGAUUAUUUUAACUCUCUCAAAACCAACAAGAAGGAAACUAUAUUUUGGAGCACGAAGCCAUCUGAAAACAAAAGAAGUAGACAACAAGAACAAAAAGAGACGUCGAAAGAGCCGAGGAAUGUAGGUAACCCACUGCAUCGGAGUCCUGCUUUAAUGAAUGAAGCAAUAACAGCAAAGCUUCCUACAGAUGUCCCGGGGACGAAGAAGCAUAACACAGUUAUUCCCGACCUAUGUGUGUUUGGAGAAGGUAGCUUGAGGCUGGGAGACAGCGUGAGUGUGCACUGUGGAAAACCGAGCACAUACAGAAAUAUAACAGAAGCAAAGGAGUCGCAGGUGGUUCACGGCAGCCCUCUAGCGCCAGAAUCACCUGAACGAACAGAGAACACGACACGCCUCCUAAGCGAUGAAUCUCCUGAGAAAAGGGCUACGCAGAAUAUAGCAGAAAAAAUGCCUGGAGUUCCGCCAAAUCAGAAUAAUAGUGAGACUAGCGAGUUACAGGGGCCUGCUAGACAGUCUAUCCAAGAUGAAGCCCUCACGAUAGACGAACUUGCAGAGUACAUGAAGCUUGCGAAGGACCUAAAAGUCAGAAGAGGGUCUUGCUUUCCACCGGGAGGCCUUAAGCCAGAAAGGACAGUCACCGCUGCCAGCUCGCGCAGGAAGCCGACUGUAACCAUGGAGGCCAAGAUAGAGCUUCACGGUAAAGGGCAUGUUACGAUGACUUUUGACGCGAAUGCUGAAGACGAAGCCGAGGCGGACGAAACAAAUGUGUUUGAACCUCCUUCCAUUGCUUCAGUUCUGCAAACGCCAAAGCGAGCUAGCAUGGACGUGAAAUAUGGGUCUGUUCCGCCAUCUACACCGUUCCCGGAAGACAUGAAACGAAAGUCCGUUGAUUUUGGUCAUGUGGGAGACCACAAGAGCCUGACAUAUGAACCUCUGGAACCACCGUGCACCGUUAGUCACACAGUGGCCAGGUUAGGGCACACAAAGGACCAGGUCAGCCCUUCUUCCCCAUCAAAGGACAGCAUGUAUUUCUCAACGCAAGAGCCAUCAGGUGGUGCCCCCAAAGACGUGUCGCCGACGAGUGAGACUAAGACAUGCGUAGCCACAGAUCUUGCGGCAUCGCCGUUGAAAUCUGCUAUGAAGCAUACCCAGAAAGAACAGGCCUCUGAGUCGUUCUCUGCAGCAUCGCUUCCGCCAGAAGUAGUACCAGUCUCGCCUGUGUUGGUACCGAUACACCCCUCGCUUCCUCUCGAAAUGGAAGCAACAAAGAAGUAUUAUCCUGCAGAGCAAUCACCUGCUGCCGCAGACAUCAGCGGCUCCGUUCCGUCUGCUGUUUCGCAGUCGUUAGCUGACGCGCAGCCAGAGACAUCCCUGAAUAUUAAGGAGCCUCGUACAGGGCCCGAAGACUUGAUCCUACCUGUUCAACCGCAACCUGAAGUGGAACAUACUGAGACGACGCAUGCCUCACAAAAAACAAGCGAACCAUCUCCACCAUCUGGCAAGGAACAGCCGGAGUACUCACGCCUCAAGGAAGAUGUUCAAACACUAAAAUCUGAGCUGCUUUCUUCGUAUCAGGUUCUCAAAGUUGACGUCAAACGUGAUGAGGAAACUAUACCUCCUCCCACGCCGGAAAUGAAGGACCUGGUGGCAGACACUGUAUCUCACACACGUGAACUUACAGGCGAAAAGCUGGAUACGCAAGAAAUCAAGGCAGGAGAUGCUGCUGCAGUGAGGGAUCUACAUACACCAGUGAAGCAAAUAUUAGGAAGUGUAUCACCAAUGACUUCUUCGUCGCCUAUCCGACAUGACCAGCUCACUGCCAUGACAGGUUUAAUAGUAACAAGCACUUCUACUGUGAGACGUCUGUACGAGGAAAAAGUACCUUCUACGAAAUCGCAAACUGAUAAAAAACAUGACCGCAAUGAAAAGCGUGACGCUACAAUUGAUCGCAGGAAGCCUGGGGCUGUCACCUCUGACGUCCAUGGAGCACAAGACUAUUUAGCACCAGGCGCGCCUGCAUCUUUUGAAACUGUUGCUGAGCCUGUAGCUACAAGUGCUUCAAUUGCUUCACCGCCUACAUCAGUCGUCUCCGCCACCCAGCCGUCAUUGUCGGACGAGCGACCUACACUAUUGACCAGGGAAAAGUCCGAAGAUAUGCCUGUAGCAGAACAUAUGGUAGCAGUUGAGAGUGAGCCGCACGUGAAAACAGGAGAAAAGUCUGCUACUGAGCCACAGGAGAAGCAACGUACCGAAGCGGCAGAGGAGGCUUUGUCUGCAACGGCGCCUCCUGAUAUGCAGGGUGAAGUCCACGGAAAAGCACCAAGUACAAUGAUGUCAGUUGGCAAAAUAAGUGAGCCGGCGUCUCAAGAGAAAGCUGACGAAGAUUUGCCCGCUUCUAGGGCGGAAAGUAGCGAGGGCACAAUACAACCUUAUAUUGAGAAAAAUAUAAUAGAAUCCCCGGUACCAGCUGCCUCAGCGGCUUCUAGGGCGGAGUAUAGUGAGGGAACAAUACAACCCUAUACUGAGAAAAAUAUAAUAGAAUCCCCGUUACCAGCUGCCUCAGCGGCUUCUAAGGCGGAGUAUAGCGAGGGCACAAUACAACCUUAUAUUGAGAAAAAUAUAAUAGAAUCCCCGUUACCAGCUGUCCCAGAGGCUUUUAGGGCGGAAUAUAGCGAGGGAACAAUGCAACCUUAUAUUGAGAAAGAUAUAGUAGAAUCCCAGUUACCAGCUGUCCCAGCGGAGCUCGUGCCUAGUGACGAUCAACAUUUACAUCAAGAACAUGCUGAACUGGGCGAAGCACAUGCUGGCGUAACUUCGACUGGCGUUACCGUAUCCAAACAGGAUAACCUUGAAGAGGAACUUACUGUACAAUCCACUCCACAGCACGGUGAGGUAGCUCCCCUUAACGCACAGCCUGUAGAAGGUGAUCAAGGCAUUCAGAAGCAUGACGUUCCCGAGCCUUACGCAAGUGUAGAACAAAUCACCCUGGGACCACUGCCCACCGAAACUCCGACAGCCCAGGGGCCUCAUGUCGUUGAGAAAGAGGACGGUAAUAAACUCGAACGCACACAAGACAAACUGCAGGAACUGCCGGAAAAAAUAUCUGACGAAACCUUGACGCAGAUAGUUGUGCAGCAACCAAGCGCAGAAUAUGCCUUACCGGCAGAAAGACCUGCCCCGACCCAGCAGGUGUCCAGUGGUGACCAAGAUGUGCAACGACGAGAACACGCUCAACCGCAAGAAGCGCGUGCUGAAGAAGCGUCGACCAGUGCCGCCAUAUCCAAGGAGGAUAAUCUAGAGAAAGCCCUCGCUGUGCAACCUGCUGCAAAACACGAUGAGGAACCUUCCCGCAAUGCCAAACCCGCACAAGGCGAUCAAAGCAUCGAAAAGCAUGACGUUGCAAUGCGUGCAGAAGAAACAAUACAAAGAUCGCCGUCCACCGACGCGGAAGAGGCUGCCCACGAACCUGAUGUGGUUGUGAGAGAGCAUAAUGAACCCGAACAGACGCAGGAGAAAUUGCAGCAAUUGCCGGUGAAAACGUCAGACGAAACGUUAACACAUACUGUUACGCUGAAAGAAAGCUCGGAAGACCGUGAAGUGAAGCCAGAUACCAGCAGUCUUCCAGUUGUUCAUGAGGAAGACGCCUUAUCUCACGAAACAGCUGAAGCGCCGUCCACAGUAAUGGAGGAGCUAGAGCGUGUGAGAGCAUUGCUCGACUUCGAGGUUGCCCUGUCGAAUCAACGGCGCUCCGUUGUCCCCAGAGCCGAAGAAUUCCUUCAAGUCCUCACGCCACCCAAUGAUAAAAAAGAAGUGCACGAGCAAAGUGCUGUGCCUGGAGAUGCUUCAGAACUAAAGCCUGGGGGAAAGGCCGAACCUACCGUGGAUGUUGAUGACGAUGCCAAUGCAUUACAGGCAAGCGACUUCAACGAAGGCCCGAUAGCCGAUUGGGAAUUGGAGCUACACCAGCUGCGUAUAUCGCGGCUCCAGACCAGUCCUUCUGAAGUACAGCAGGCGCAACCGGUUGCAGAACCUCUUACGCCUUCUCCCAUCGCGUCGACCAGCUCCGCCGAAUUGAAGAGCGACGAACAAGGUGUGCGGAAGGCAAGAGGAGGACCGCAGAGGUUAACCUCAUUUGCGCCUGCUUACGACUCGUCUCUAGUAAUUUUGCACGAGAAUGAUAUUCUCAGUUUAUCAACGUCCGCCUACGACAUCCUUAUUCAGUGCGAGCGAGAAAUAAUACAGCAUUUGCCUGACGCCGCAGCUGCCUCUGAAAUGCUUGUGAGCACAGAAAGAACUGCAGGAGCGCCUCAAAUUGACGGUGAGGCUGCGCGGCAGCAGGUGCCGUCAAGUGAAAAUGCAACUCUACCGUCGCCUAAAGAGGAUGUUUGCAAAAGAAUCGUGCCCGAUGCUCAUGUUAUUGCAAAACCCCGGGUGGGUGAAGCACAAGGUGACAAAGUGCAGGAGAAGAUUAGAGAACCGGAGGGAGGGACCCCAGUCGAAGCAGGAAACGAGGAGCAUGCCCCGGAUGUUACCGUAUCAAGGACGCCUGUCGGAGCUGACGUAAAAAGAAUGGCUACCGAAGUCCCUGUAGCGCCGAAAGAACCAACUGUAGCAGACAAGACUCAAUAUGAAGCCACAGACAUCAAGGGAGCAAGUACGGAAGAGCAAGUAGGGGAUGAUAGACGACGCGGAAGUGCACCAGGAGAAAAAGAGCAUGAAGGCCACCCGCAGACUGCACCAGCUGGAUAUGCACCAGUUAACUUCGGAGAUCAGCUAACUCACACACGUGAAGCGACAGGUCCCAGAGAGGCUGAAGCAUCAGGUGCUCUCGUGGAAAUAACGCCAACCGAGAUUGCUUUAAGGGAAGAAUCUCCACAGGCUAUGGUAGCAAGAGAUGUUCCUGAUGCUUGUGUUGAAGCUCAAGACUUACAGCUUGAAGAAAAACGGAUGCCAGAAACGAUCGAAUAUACGGGAAGCAUACCCGUACAAAAAGAGAGCGCGAAGCCUGAAACAAAGGUCCCAACAACUGGGGAACCCGACCUAGUUGGAGCAAGGCCGGAUUCAGGAACAAAGCAUGACGAAGGAGACGAGACUGCAAGCGUGAUACCACAUAAACCUGCAAAGCAAGUUCCCGAUGAAAGCGGUAUAUCGCCAGAAGGGGAGGAGGAACAAGAGGAAGCGACGAAAGCCGCAAGAAAAGCAUCCCCUGGACCACUUCCUGCGGAAACAAGGGUAACUGAAAGCGAUGAUAUAGUGCGGAAACCUACCGCGGAAAAGACACACUACAAACAGCUCCCCUCAAUUGAAGAGGCUGAGGAACAACAAAGCGUGGAAGCCGAAAAGGAGGCUGUAUCGAAAACACCUGAGGAUGCAGUCGUCCACCCAGACAAGGAAACAGCAGGAGGCCUAGAAGGUAAAAUCUCUGUUGAUGACUCUGAACUAGCUGCAACCGAGAGAAUAGAACCCGACAGCAAUGUCACGGAAGAAGCACCAUGCAAUGUUGAAGCAGAACGGCGCGCCUUCAGCCAAGACUCAUGGGAGACGGAGUUACGACAACUUCGUAACUCCCGGUUGCAGUACAGCCCUCAUGAAGCUGAACAACUAAAAGCGGGUCCCGAAGCUCUUCCAGUGUCACAUAUACCGACCAGAGCUGGUGAUGAACAACUAAAUGAAACCGUCAUUACGACUGUGGUCGAAGGAGGAGGACCAAGACAGGGUGCGCCGGGACCUCAGCGCUUCACGUCUUUCUCACCCACAGUGACCAGUGACGACAGUGUUGUAAUCGUCUACGAGCGCGACAUUUUAAAUUUUCUGACGUCAGAUUACGAAAUUCGCAUUCACAGCGAGCGAGAAGUGAAAGAGCGUUUUCGAGAUAUACGGGUGUCGAAGCAGCCUUUGUCGUCGGAGGCCACACGGGAAAUCGUCACGUCACAAGUACAGCCUCCGGAGGAAAUUGCUACCAAAGAUGUGUCAGCUCCGAAGGAAACGAGAAAAGAUGUUUUUAAGGAGCUUGUUCCCAGUCAAUUUCUGCCUGCGUCUCCUGGGGUAGGCCCCGAGCCGAAGCUACAAACUGCACCUCAUGAACCCAUUCUGGGCACAGAAGAUUCAGAGAAAAAACCAGCUCUGGAAGAUGUGUCUGUCACGGAGUCGGCAACUAAACUUCCACUUACAGACACACGUUUGCCGCCUCAGCAGCACGAAACAAAAGAUUCACGGGCCACACCAGAGAAAGAGAGCCGCAAAACGCCAGUAGCUGAAACCGUGGCUCCUUUGAAGGAGGCUAAAGGUCACACCGCAGACAUCGGCGAAGAGAAAGCAGGCUCAGUGCCUGAGGGAAAAGCGGACAACGUGGAUGACAAGCCUGUGCUCCCUGAAGAGCAAAGUGCACUGCCCCGCAUAGAGUCCACAGAGGACCAGAUUGCUGGUGCAGUGGCCUCUGGUGAAACUAGAAUUAUUGCAGUUAAAACGAAUGAGAUCAUAGAAAGGACAAAUACUGAGGUUGCAUUGCCGGAGCCUUCCCAAGUAGCCCUUAUGGAAGAAUUUCCUGAUGUGACGAAAGCGCUCGAAGUUGUGAGUGCAAAUGAAAAGCACAUUCUGCAGGACGAGGCCGUGGUAAAGAGCGAAGCCAUACCCGUGCAAGAAGGCCCAGAGCCCCCGGAGACCGAAGCAAAAGCGGAACCCGUCGGAGAAAGUGACUUGCAUGAAGAUCGCAUUAGCGCUAACGAAACAGUGCCAGGAAGCGUCCCAUUGAUAGCUGCGUCGUCCAGUGGACUACCUGUCGAGUACAGUGAAGCUCCUGUCGCAGAAGUCGGCUCGCGUGAGAUAUCAACAGAGGACGAAAAACGUGUGCAGGCACCCCUCGAUACGCAACCCGAAGACUACGCUUCACUGAAGAAAGUGAUCACGCUGGAAGAACUGAAGGAGAUUGAAACAAAACUUCUGCAAACAUGCACGCUGAACAACGCACUCUUUACGGAGAUGCCCUGCACUGAAGAGAGGGAUGUCAAAGCUAUUUCUCUUAUAGAGCCGUAUGAGGAAAGACAAAUAUCAGAAGAAACAAGAGGCGAGACUGCAUAUGAGCCAGCUACCAGCGCACUGUUAGAGGAACCCGAGCUAGUGAAGCAGGAGCCGUAUGGUCAACUGGACCAUAUUGAAUCUUAUAUGGCCGAUUUGUUAGAAGGAGGAAUUGUCUUGCCUGAGGCAACCUUAACUGGUCUAUCGUCAGCAAGUGUAAAGUCACCACUUCAUGAUGACCUGCAAACUGCUGUAGUAGAAUACGUCUCCCAUGAUAUAUCAACAGAGGACGAAAAGCAUGUGCAAGCGCGUUUGGAUACACAACCUGAAAAUACGCUCUUGGCGGAAAUGGAACGGCCUAGCAUGCCCUACACUCCGGGUGCGAAACCUGCUUCUCUUGGUGAACCGGCUGGGGAAGCGCUGGUACCUCGAGAAACGCGAGACGUCACUGCAUCAGAACCAGCAGCCAGCGCAGUGAUAGACGAAUCCGAGCUAGCAAGAAACGCAUUAGAUUCACAUGGUCAGCUGGACCUGAUUGAAUCUUACAUGGUUGAUUUGUUAGCGGGGGGAACUGUCUUGCACUAUGAAACCUUAAGUGGCCCAUCUCCUGUUCAUGACGAACCAUCAAUAGCAGGCGCCGAAAUCCCAUGCCAGGAUUCCUCAGUAUUCCUUGUAGCUGCUCCUGUCGAGAGCCUUCCCGCCCGCCCUAGCACUCGUACUGCUGAUACGCAGACGGAAGUGAGUGCCACUCCGUCGGGUGUGUCCAUAGAAACCUGCGUGCAUAGCAAGGACCUUCGCGAAGCUUCCACCUACGCAUAUCUUUCCGAAGACACGGAUGAUGGCCGAAGAGUUCCAGAUGAUUAUCUCCCACUUUACUUGCAUCGAGUGACGCUCAAUGAUAAGCCCUCAAUAGCAGAUAUGAUUCAGAAGAUGACACCAUGUAGCGAGGAGUGGGAGGAAACUAUUCCACUCAACUGGAAGGUGAAUCCAGCCAAGGACCUAGAGAAGUGGCCUUCCCCCUGUGUUCAAGACGUCCGUUCACCAUCCCUUUUGAUUCUCGGGGGUAUCAACCUGACUGCACUGGACCAAGUCCUCACAGGGUGCGUAAUUCUUCGCUACAACUUUGAAGAAAAUGAAUGGAGACGUUGCAGCAUGAUGCCCCUUCCUCGUUAUGGACACAGAUGCGUCUUCAUGAAUGGAGAGAUCUACAUCAUUGGGGGCUUCGAUAACCGCGACGCUAACUACGGGCUACGGAUAUCCACCAGCUUCUGUUUUCGUUAUAAUGCUCGAUCCGGAGAAUGGAGCGUGGUGGCACCGCUCAAGCACGCAAGGGGAUAUCACGGGGUUACUGUCGUCAAUGGCCGCAUCUACGCUGUUGGCGGCGUUGACGCUAAUGAUAUGCUGCUGUCCAGCGUGGAAUGGUACAACCACGAUGAUAAUUCCUGGACCGUACUGGACAAGGGCCUGUACUGCGGUCGAAUGGGAAUGGGAGUGACAGCGUUUCAGAACAACUUGUGGGUCGUCGGGGGCAUCGUGCAGAUCACUGGCCAGCAGACAUGCUCAACGGCAUACGUUGAAGUCUACAAUCCAGCAACAAACCAGUGGACAUACGCAGCCAGCUACUUACCAUCUCCACGAACGUGUGUGUCGCUUCUGAACGUCAACGACACGGAAUUAUAUUGCUUCGGCGGCAUCUUCUACAACUCCGCGGGUGCAACACGAAAGUUGCUCACCAUCGACGACAUCCUGGCGUACACAGACGGCAAAAAGGCGUGGAAACAGGUGGCCAGCAUGCCUGCACCACGCCAUAAUGCACACAUCAUACAGCACAAUGGCGAAACUUUCGUCGUGGGCGGCCAGGACGUGGAGAAGCCAGACCAUCCAGUGACAAACGUCUCAGCCAUGGAGCUGUCCAGCAACAAAUUCCAAUGGAAACGCCUCAAGGACAUACCUCUACCGAUCUCCGCCUAUGGAGCUGUCAUCGUGCCACCCUUGGAAGGAUAAAAGGCUGCGUGCGUCCCGCAAAUUUGUGAUAAGCUCUUCUGGCGCGCAUUAAUGACUUGCGCCAGUCGAAAUACUGCCAGAAACAAUAUCUAUUAUUUUUUUACGUGCGCAAUGCGGGGAACUGCAGAACACUGCUUCCCUUCUACUUUAGAAUAACCUCAAUAAAUUAUCACUUACGAUCUUUA